GAAAAUGAUAGGUUCAAGGGCUACCCCUCGGGAAAGUCAUAAUUUCCUAACCUCCGCGAGUUUGUGAAAACCAUCAAAGAGGAACAUGGACUGAAGUUAGUAUAUGCAUGGCACGCUUUACUUGGUUCAUGGGGAGGGCUACUUCCAAGAUCUGAAGCACUGAGGAAAUACAAUCCCCAAAUCAAAUCCAUAGUUCAGUCUCCUGGUAACAAGAGUAACGUCAUAUGUGGAACCCUCGAUCCAAUGGAGAAACAUGGGAUCGGAAUGAUUGACCCUUCGAUGAUUUAUAGAUUUUACGAUGAUUUAUAGAUUUUACGAUGAUCUACAUAGCUACCUUGCAAGUUGCAAUAUAGACGGAGUGAAGGUGGAUAUACACAAUGAAGUGGAACUCCUUGCUUCUGGUUAUGGAGGCCGCGUUGCAUUGAUGAGGCAUUUCCAAGAAGCCCUCGAGGAAUCUGUCAUGAGAAACUUUGGCAGCGAUAACCUUAUUUGUUCCAUGAGUCUAAGCAAUGACUACAUUUACAGCUCAAAGAAGAGUGCAGCUUCAAGAGUGUCAGAGGACUUCAUGCCACUAGAGAAAACAUUUCAGACCCUACAUGUUGCUGCAGUAGCUUUUAACAGUCUUCUUAUGGGAGAGAUUGUUGUACCAGAUUGGGACAUGCUCUUUAGCGACCACUACACCCGGGAGUUCCAUGCUGCAGCCAGAGCAUUGGGUGGAUGUCCAGUAUAUGUAAGUGACAAGCCUGGCAGCCAUAAUUUCAAUGUCCUCAAAAAGCUUGUACUGCCUGAUGGCUCUAUUCUAAGAGCUAGAUUCGCUGGCCGGCCUACUAGGGACUGCUUAUUCAGUGACCCUGUGGUCGAUGGAAAAAGUCUGCUGAAGAUUUGGAAUCUAAACAAGGUAUCAGGAGUUAUUGGUGUUUUCAAUUGCCAAAGAGCAGGAAAGUGGCCACCAAUUGCAGGUGCUCAAUAUGUGCCUUCCUCUGAAUCUGCACCGCCUCUUAUAGGCCUCGUCAGCCCCAUAGAUAUUAAUAUGCUUGAAGAUGUUGCAAAUGAAAGUACUCUUUCUGUAAUGCCAAAGAAAGACCACUUUGAAGUAUCCUUGGAUGUGCUAGAAUGUGAAGUUUUCACCAUAUCUCCUAUUAUGGUUUUUGGUGACAACCUUCUAUUUGCCCCAAUGGGGUUGCUUGAUAUGUACAAUUCAGGAGGAGCACUUGAAUCUCUAGAUGUCAGCAACAAUGAUCUGUUCGACUGUGUUGUGAAGGUUCGAGUCAGAGGAUGUGGUCGAUUUGGAGCCUACUCAAACAAAAAACCAAAGUCUUGUCUGGUGAACAAGAAAGAGGAGUUUAUAGUCUACAAUGCUAAUAAUGGUUUGUUGGUACUAAAACUUCAAGGCGACUGCAAAGUAAAAGAGAUUGAGUUCAUGUACUGA